AGAAAAAAGAAAUUCUGUUUUUCGUUUUUGUUCGAUUUUUACUUCUUUUUAAGAAAAUCUGAUCAAAUUCGUCAUAUUCUCCACGCAAUCAGGUUCAGGUACUAAGGUGUAGCGUAGGGCUUCUCUUUGCUUCCGGCUCCUCUCCUCCUAAUGUGACAAAGAUUAAGCUAUCACAUACAACACUCAGUUAUACUAAGUAAUUUUAGAAGUGAAAAGUGAGCAGCUUUUGGGCCUUCUCACCAGGCAGUUGAGAAUAUCAGAAUGGAAUUGGCAGAUAAGGCUGUUGGAGCCUUGUUAUCGUUAAUCAGUCUCUCUAUAUUCACUUAUUACACAUUUUGGGUCAUCAUCCUGCCAUUUGUAGACAGUGACCAUUUUAUACAACAGUACUUCUUACCUCAAGAAUAUGCCAUAUUGUUUCCUGUGUUUGCUGGUGUAGUGCUCCUCUGCUUCUUAUCCAUAUUCAUUGGAUUAGUGAUACUCAAAUCCAAAAAGAAGAAAGCAUGAUAUGACCAUUUUUCUCAUCUUUCUUCUUUCUGAUACUGGAUCUACAGUACAUAUAGGUUUUUUUUUUUGAUAUUUGAAGUACAUUUAAACAUGUUUGACUGUUUUCUGAUAAUUGUUUUAGGUCAGACUAUUGCUAUUGUGAGUCUGUGAUUUGGUUGCAGCCUAUUUUCUUACUGAUAUAAUAUGGCUUUUUGUUAAAAA